CAGGAAAUCCCAGGGACGGCCAACAACUAGCCUUUUGUUUCACAAACUCAACAAACCUCUAAAUUGAGGUUGCAACCCAUAAGAGAGUGACACCCGGGCAGAGCAACAAACAGCAAGAAUCCAUAAAAGGCCAACCCCUCCUUUACCUUUCUCCAGAACGAAAGGAGUUGGAAUUUCUGCUCAGGAAUGGAGCUGGGGGUAUUGAAGGAGGAGGAGGAGGAUGAGGAGGACGAGCAAGAGGAAGUGGCUAUCCUGCGUUAUGAGAGGCAGAUCACAGAGUUACUUGUUGUUAUUCUCAAGCUGAACAGAAAGAUCGACAGAUUGACUCUCACCACCAGCAGGGUAGAUGAUGAAUAUCUGGAAACUUGCUCUGAUCUCAGUGACAACCAAUACCCAGAGAGCAGGAUGUGUCAAUUUCCAGACCAGGGCCUCUCCACAGAUUCCCACUGCCCUGGACCGCCUUGUCCAACCUCAUUACUAGCAGGUGAACCCUGCGACCUCUCGGGGGCUCUGCACAAGGUGCUGACGGAAAUCGAGGACACCGUGCACACGUGGAAAGCUGAAAUCCCACGCCGUGGUGACAUCUCUGAGGAAGAGGAGGCUACCUUUGCACGCUGGGAGCUGGUCGCUCAAACAAUCGAGGAAGUGGAACGGGAGCUGGACAUCGACCUGAGCCCGGAGCUACGGGAGGAGAGGACGCAGUGGGAGUUGGACAUGGAGUGCCUGAGGGAGAAGAACCAGCAGCUCAGAGACCAGCUCCACGGGAGGGAGCAGGAGCUGCAGUCUACCAUGAUGGCUGUUGGCAGGAUUCAACGGGAGAGGGACAAGCUCCGUCUAAAGGCUGAUGAAUUGCUGUCGUCGCUCCAGAACGUGCAGCGGACUGAGAGAGACUCCUCACCUCCCAGGGUUACGGGCAGCCCUGGAUCUGACACCAUCGGCAAUGAGAUCGAGGCGUCAGUGCACAAAGUAAUUCUCAGGGAUCCUGGCUUUGCCCUUGAACGAUUGAUGCAGUCAUUCCAGAAUUGUUCAGGUGUGCAGGAGUUCUCCCGAUUCCUUCUAACACACGAAUCCAAUGUGGUCGGAGUCAGGAUUCAAGACUCAGAAAUGGAAGUGGAUCAGCUGAGGAAUUCCAUCGAUGAGUGGAAGGAACGCAAUAACCUGCUGUCCGGGGUUCUUCAGGAGUGCAAGGGUGACUGCGAGAGGCUGACCAUUUUACUGGGAAAGCACGAAUCAAACAGCACUGCACUGAGCCUUGCUGUGCAGUACAGUGACGACUGCAUCGAGGCCUAUGGAAAACUUCUGGUCAAGGCUGAAACCAUAGGAAGACAACCAGACGCAGGUGAGCCAGAAGUUGACAGCAGUAUUGCCCGCCUGAGAGGAGAAAUUGUCAAACUAAGGCAGAGCUACACUGCCAUGAAACAGACCAUCAUCAAUCUGGGGGACAUUUCACCCAAUCUGAAGCGCUACCAGCAAAGUGGAAACAGCGAGGUCAUGCCAGUGGUGCGGGAUCUACCCUCACCUGGGUUCUGCUCACGUUUUCCUGGGAUGCUUCAGCAACAGAAUAAAGGGAAGGAAGACCUGCAGCAAGAUCUGAUGGCUGUCCGGGAAGAUAUGUCCUGGCUAAAAAGUCAACUGAGUUGGAUGAAGAAGGAGAAGAGAAGAUUGGAGCAGAAGCUGCAAUCUCAAGACCAUCAGGAUGAAGCCAUAAGGCUCCUCCUUACACACUGGCAAGAACAGCGGGAUGAAUGGUUGCAGGAGGACCCCAGGACAGGCUGCGUUAGGCAGGAAACCAAGUCAGCAACAUGCGAGGCGGAGCUGGUGUCUGAACACACAGCAGUCUCCUUGCCAGAAAAGCACCUAAGAGAUCAUAUUGAGGAGUUGACUACAUCACUUGGCAGGCUAAUAGAAAAGAACAAUACCCAAAAGUACCGGUCUGAGGAGCUGGCCACUGAGCUGAAGAAUACGCACAGCAACUUGUGCGCAGCCUUCAGAAGGACCAAGAAAAAGUACGAGAACCAGCUGAGCAAACUGGAGUCACAGGUGGAUGCCAUGUCUGAACGCCAGGCUGCCCAGCAGCAACUGCUGGAGCAGAGACUGAUGAACCUUCAACAGAAGCUGGACCAUAACAACGGCACAUCACUGUAGCUGAGAGCCAAAGACCACGCCUGGGGCACUGGGCAAUCUCUGCACACAGAAAAGUCUGAUUAUUUUAACAGUUUGCCAUCAAAAGAUUCUACGGGAGAAUGUCGUCCGUGGGUCUGGUAGGAGAUUCAAUGAAUAAGAUAGUGUAGAGUAUCCUUGGCCAUUAGGGAGAGAGUCAAUGACUGGCUUUAGGGAACAGACUCCCUAAGCCCUCACAAUUUUCCCCUUCAAGAAUUUAUCGAGUUCCGUGCAGGAGGUUCUUUUUCUUGAAACUGCAUCCACUGCCAAGCAGAGCAUUGUGAUUUCAACAACCCACCGUGUAAAACAUUUCUUUCUCUCCCUUCUGGUUCUUUUGCCAAUCCCUUUCAACCCGUGUCCCCCGGUCAUGAACCCUUCUACCAAUGGAAAUCGUUUCUCCCUGUUUACUCCAGCAAAUCACCAUUGAUGAUGUUCAACACCUCAAUCAGAAUUCCUCUGGUCCAAUAAAUGACCCUGUUUAUUCCCUGGUCCACUGUGAAAGCUACUGGAUAGUUAACACAAGUGCCACCUCUAAAGUUACAUUGCAAAAUAUCCCAAUAAAACAGAAUUUUUAAAAUACUUCAGUUUGUAAUAUAUUUUUGAAAUGUUACUUAUAUUAUGAGAGAGGUGGUCUAAUAAUGCUAUCAGCAGGUGUUAUUUUUGGAGGGAAGGUGGGGGGUAAAGCCACCAGACGUGAUUUUUGAUGACCACCGCAAUGGGAGAUUGCCACAAGCUCUAUGAUGCGACUGGGCUCAGUUAUAAUACACUCCUGGUUGCCAAUGACACUCACCCACUGGCUGUUGACAAAAGGCUGGCCUACCGGUUGCCUGGGAGACCUUUGAACUAAAAACACAAUUAGACCAGUCACACGAAUACUUUGCCUGCAAGGGAGAGUAAGAAUUUGCGUAUCCCUCUGUUAAAUGACUCAACCCAAAGCCUUUAUACCCACUACGUACUCCGAUAAUAAAUUUUACUUCGAAUAAAGCACAGGAGUACUCCCCACCUCUCAAGAAGGUCACCAGCAGCCAGGACAAGUUCGGUUGAAAGCCCAUUCACAAACCAAACAUUUAUUUCUUCCACUAUACCGCUGUGGAGCCCUUCAGCCCAUUCACCUGUGCUGGCUCUGUGAAAGCUUGCCACUUACUUCCAAAGCCCUGAAAAUUCUCCUAGUUCAAGGAUCUACCAGUCUUAAGGUUCUAGUUGGCCUGGUAGGUAACCAGAGUCAGUUCUAGAGACAGAUUAUUUUAUUUGAGGAGUUCCAUGUUUGGAUAUGCCUGCUCUGAGAUCUUAAGCUUGUGUACAUUUAGGUGGAUAAACAUGCCAUGGAACUGAAAAAUUCAGCCCAAUUGAAUCUACUUUAUCACCCUUCAAACAGUGCAGUUUGGACAGCAAGUAGUGUAGAGGGCAGAGCUACUACCCAAGUCUCAACCCCCCGCUGUCCGUGUGCAAUCUGCAUGUUCUUCUGUCACAGUGUGGGUUUCCUCCACAUUCUCCACUUUCCAAACACAUCCCAAAGGCAGGCAAGCUGGGAGGUCAGUCCUCACUCGUAGGUGACUGGUGGAAACUGGGAGGGGACGGGAAUGGGGCGGGGGGUCAAGUAUUAUUGUGAAUGGUUGGAGCUGACUUGGUGGACUGAAGGAUCCCUUUCUGUGUUGUGCCUCCACCGCAUAAAAGGGUACUUCUUCAUCCCACCACGUGCAUUUUUUGCAAGAAAAACAGCAGUCUGCUCAAGGAACGCAGCAGGUCAAGCACUAUCUAUUGGGUGGGGGAGGAAUGGUCAAAAACCCUGAAGCACACCCUUC